CCCGACUCCAUGCGAGGGGGGCGGGGCUUCUCAGAGUGCGGCGUGGCUCCGCGGGAGGCCGAGGGAGCUGCUCGGAAGGCCAGGCCUCGCCCUAUUUCCGAGGAAGCUUCUCAGAAGCUCCUCUCGCUGUGAGGAAUCCGUGGCCAUUUGGUUCAAGCCAUUCUGGCUCAAGCUCUGUUUUGGCUGAAGGCCGCCAGCUCUCGCUACCCCCGGGCGGACGCAGCAGACGUCAGGCAGCCGAGCGCGAUGGUCGCCCUGCUGCUUCUGCGAGCGGCGGCCCUCGCCGCCGUGGCGGCGGCGCGCUCGCCCCGCGAUGCGGGGCAGGCUCCCCCGAGUGGCAGCAGCAUGGCCCUGAACAUCUCCUGCGGGGCGGGCAUGCUGGCGUUCGUGGCGCUCGGCCUCUACGUGUGCUACAAGUGCGGCAUGUUCGACAAGGGAACGGCCUCGCGCGCCGCGGAGGGCGUGCCCCAGGCGAGCCCAACGGUGUUGGGGAUUCCCUUUGGGCGAGAGCUGUUCGACAAGCUGUUCUUGCCAGCGGUGGUCGCAAAUGAGCCCAUGUGCGUCGUCUGCCUGUUGCCCGUUGGGCCUACCUCUCUCUGUCGCCGCCUGGGCUGCGAGCAUGUUUUUCAUCCCGACUGCAUCGAUGGUUGGUGGCUGCAGACGAGUGAUGUCACGUUCAAGUGCCCCGUCUGUAGACGGACCCAUGUUCCCAGCGCCACCCCGUGACAGCAUCUGAGUACCGAGGAAGCGAGGCAGCCUGUGUCUGACAGCACAUGCUCAAAUGUUUAAAACUUAUAGUUUCUCAGCAUCGUGCGGUGCCUUUGUCGACACGUAUGACGUGUAGUCUGGGCGCGCGUUGAGUUUGCAUGUCACGUUGCAAAGUAUGAGUUCGGUGCGCUCUGUUGUUGAUGCCGGGUUUUGCUUGUGUGCGUGUGGUUGAGAAUGUGUGUGUGUGUGUCUGCUCGUAUAUGUGCAUUGCGCGUUCGGCCGCUAGCCUUGCCGUUUGAUUUUGUCUGCGUACAUCACAGACGUUACUACACCCGCUGUGUAUUCCGCUGUUGGGCAAUGAGUGGGAUACCAUCAAGACACCCGAGCAAGUGCCUUGUCUAUCUCAAUGGUGUAGUUCUGUACAGUUUUGCUGUAGAUCAGGCGAGAUCGGCGAGAUCGGAAUGUUCCUUGGAGAGGGCAUCCUCUGAGUAUGAUGCGGAAGCUGGUCGGGCAAUCACGGGGAGUCCGUCGCGACAUCUGAGCCAAGCCAUUAGCCGUUUCAAGCUUACAGUUCUGUGCCCCCGUACUUUAGAUCGGGAGCGCUCGUCAUGUCCCCUGGGGACGGAUGAGUCCAGAUGAUCCCCUUGGAGAGGGGCGAUCUAUGAGCGCCUGAUUUGUCCUGGUGGCCGGGACAGCUUACACCAUAGGGGCGGCGAGAAUCGCGAGAGUAUUCCUUCCUGGAGGAGCGGUCGAGAGAGAAGGGAAACGAUCCUGGAGGGGCGGCGGAGGGAGGCUCACCCAGCAGUGGCGUGUGCAUGCGAUGUGGCGCCAUCGUCGCUGGCGAUCCGACUCUUGUACGCUAGGGAUGCUUGGGCGUGCCGACGCUAGGGAGGGGUCGCCUGGCGGGCUCGUGCCUGCUGCACCUCCCGAGCCCUGGUGCAACCAGUGUCGCAGCACUUCGCCUCUCGCCACUCUCUCUUUCGGAAGGUCUUCCUCUUCCUCCUCCUCCUUCUCUCCUCCUCCUGCCUCCUCCCUUUGCAUUCACUCAACCGCUACCUCCCGAGCAGCUGACCAGAGGGAGGGAUGCCUUUGUAAGCAGAAGGCGCACUGGGUGCGUAAAGAGGUCAAGACGUCCCAUGAUGCUCGCAUCUGUGCGAGCCUCCGUCUUCGAUGAGCCGGUGCUCGCCCGAGCCUUGGCGCAGCCAGUGUCGCAGCACUUCGCCUCUCGCCGCCCUCUCUUUCGUCCCUUCUCGAGCAGCCAGGUGGGGCCGCCUAGGCUCGUACCUGCUGCUCCUCCCGAGCCUUGGUGCAGCCAGUGUCGCAGCACUUCCCCAUCUCGCCACCCUCUCUGUCGUCGCUCUCUCUCAAAACAAGAACCUCCUCUCGUUGUGAA